GAUCACAACCUUCUGCUACACCGCAGCCAGAGAGGAGGGGAAGAUUCAGCCCUGAACCAAAGGACUCAAAUAAUCAGCUCCGAUAAAGACAACUUAACACUUUUUAGACUGCAGAUUAAUUUGAUUCUGCUCUACUUAACGAGAAGAUGACCAGUCUGUCAGAGAGAGCUCUUUUUAUUUUCUUUACAGCACAGGUGUUUACACUAGUCUGGUCCCAGGUGUGUCCUCGGAGAUGCCAGUGCCCCAAGGAGCCCCCCAUGUGUCUCCCUGGGGUGCCUUUGAUCCUGGAUGACUGCCUCUGCUGCCUGGUGUGUGCCCGUCAGAAAGGGCAGAUCUGCUCUGAAAUGAACCCCUGUGACACACGGAAAGGGCUGCAGUGUGAAUACAGUGCCGAUGUCCACAAGAGGACUGGAAUCUGCACCGCUCAUGGGGGAAAUGUGUGUGUUUUGGACGGUUCUGUCUACCAGAACGGCCAGACCUUCUUCCCCAGCUGUAAGUACCAGUGUAUGUGCCGCGAUGGGCAGAUCGGCUGCGUGCCCCGCUGCAACGUGGACGUGAUGCUGCCUGGGCCAGACUGCCCCGUGCCACGCAGGGUCCAGGUGCCCGGAGAGUGCUGCGAGAAGUGGGUGUGUGAUCCCCAGACUGAGGCCAGUGCACUGGGUGGCUUUGCUAUGGCAGCCUAUCGUCAGGAGGAGACAGUGAGCUUUGACGGUUGGGACUCCAGCCUGAACUGCAUUGAGCAGACCACAGAGUGGGGCGCCUGCUCUCAAACCUGCGGCAUGGGGGUGUCCACCAGGGUCACCAAUAAGAACCGUCGCUGUGAGAUGGUGAAGCAGAGCCGACUGUGUAUGAUUAGACCCUGUGACGACCAGUUAGACCGGACACAGCUGACUCAGCUUGCACCAAAGAGAGGCAGUAAAUGCCAGAGGAUGGUGAGGAGCGACACAACCAUCCACCUCUCCUACAAGAACUGCACCAGCGUCCAGGCCUACAAGCCUCGCUACUGUGGCUCCUGCACAGACGGCCGCUGCUGCACCCCACACAGAACCAAGACCGUCGUGGUGGACUUCCAGUGUGCCAACGGUAAAACCACCAGGAAGCCCGUCAUGGCGAUCCUGACCUGUGCCUGCCACAGCCACUGCCCCAGAGACAACGCCGUGUGGCAGCCAUCAGAGCUGGGUUACAGUGGCUAUCGCUCAUAAAGUCACACUUGAGGGACUGUGGCGUUCUCCUCACUUUAAACAAGAGUUGUGUUGACUCUGAAUUUCAGUUUGAAACAAGACUAUCCACAGAGACAGUAAUGUUAUUUUUGCUUUUUAUGGUCAGAAUCAUACUUGUAUUCAGAACAUGAGAAUCGUCUUUUGUGGUUGAGAUCAUAGAGACCUAAAUAGCUCUAUAUCUCUCUUUUGGAGAGAAGUUUAGUUGUGUAACAUCCUGUGGACAAAUAUGUGUCAUCUUCACUACUUUAAAGCAGAAUCAAAGCACUUAAAUCUUGCGAUAUAUUGAUUCUCUGCAGAUCCAGACUUUGGUUGGACAGUUUUUGGUAGGUGCUCUUACAGCUUGGAAGAGAUUAUUGAGGUAAAACAGCCUCUAUUAAUUAGUAUGAAGGUGUGCAGUUGGAGGGUAGUGCAGACAUACCAGAAUGUCGUGGUUGUCAUGGACUGUUUGACUGACAGUUGAAUUGGCCAAUUGGUAAAAAAAAUUAUAGUUUUUUUUUUUUUAAUAAAGAGCAUGAAACCAUAGUGUUCACCCCUAAUCAUGAGGAGGAAAGCUUCAGCAAUAGAAUGAAAUAUCUUUAAGCGUGUCCUCUUCCAGAAUAAAUUAAAACAUCUACAGGAAUAUGACACUCUGACGCAUUUCAGGCAAAUAAAGAAGAGCAGCAAGAAGGCAGAAGGAAUUAAGGGCUAUAGCGUGAGCUGUUACUUUUCGGUAGCACUGCUGUGGAAUCUUUUCAACUGUGGGACACAUUUUUUAAAUAACUGGACUGUGUCCUUUGACCUGGUCCAAACCAAGGGCUCAACAUAUGAAAGACAGGUCACUGUAGUGACUCAGUGUCAUUUUUAACAUUUCCCUGAAACCAUACCCCUGUUGUAAAAUGUCUUAAGUCUACGCUUCCAUCAAUAAAUGCAAAUGUAGGUUUUAGAAGUUUUUUUGUUAUAAGUAGUGCACAUAAAAGGCUAUUUUUAUGAUGACAAAAGUUUUGUAAAUACUUGCUGCAUAGCUUGUCUGACUGAGUGUGUAUCAAAUACACAGCUUGAAUCGGUGACAAUGUAAAGAUAGAUUGUACAUAUUGGUACAUGGUAUUGUUUUGCUUACUACUUGAAUUGUACUUCACACUGCUUGGUGCUGUA